UUAAAAUCUCUAAAAUUUUGUUAAGUAAAUAGCAUUUAAAAAAUGGCUGCUGCCUUGAUUCUCAAGCAUGCUGUUAGAUUAGGAAGAUCUUUUCCGAGAUCAUUGAAUAGAAAUUUGCAGGGGGGAAAAUUAAUCCAAGCACAAUGCCGACGAUUACCAGUUACUUGCAAUCAUGUAAGAUAUUGGUCAUCUCAAGCAGAACCUCAAACUACAGAGUACCAUAAUAUUAUUAAAGAUACAGAGAAAUCUGUAGGUGAAAGUGCCAAGCAUGAAUUUCAAUCAGAAACACAAAUGUUGCUGCAAAUUGUUGCAAAAUCUUUGUAUUCUGAUAAAGAGGUAUUUGUACGAGAGCUUGUUUCAAAUGCUAGUGAUGCAUUAGAGAAAUUACGUUAUUUACGCCUAAGUGACAAUGAAGCUGCAGAAACAGCUGGUGACAGAAGUUUAGAAAUACAUAUUGGCACCGAUAAACAAAAUCGUAUUCUCACAAUCCAAGAUACUGGUGUGGGUAUGACUAGACAAGAAUUAAUAUCCAAUUUGGGAACUAUAGCUAGAUCUGGUUCUAAGGCAUUCCUGGAAAAAUUGAAAGAAGAGAAAAACUCUAGUGAUACUUCUAAAAUUAUUGGACAGUUUGGUGUUGGAUUUUAUAGUGCCUUCAUGGUUGCUGACAAAGUGGAAGUAUUUACAAAAUCUUUUGCAAAAGAUGCAGAAGGUCUUUGCUGGACUUCAGACGGAUCAGGAACAUUUGAGAUUUCAAGUGCAGAUGGAGUACAACCAGGCACAAAAAUUGUUAUACAUUUGAAACCAGAAAACCGAGAAUUUAGUGAUGAGAAUAUUAUAAAUCGUAUUAUCAACAAAUAUAGUAAUUUCGUUGGCAGUCCUAUUUUUGUUAAUGGAAAGAGGGCCAAUAUAAUUCAGCCAUUGUGGAUGUUCGAUCCGAAAGAUGUCACGCCAUUGCAGCAUGCAGAAUUUUAUCGAUUCAUAGGAAAUUGUCUCGACGCGCCAAGAUUUAUAUUGCAUUAUUCAACGGAUGUGCCAUUGAGUAUUAAGGCUUUAUUGUAUUUCCCAGAAGAAAAACCUGGAGUUUUUGAUUUAGCGAGAGACACUACCAGCGGAGUAUCGCUCUACAGCCGAAAGAUUCUAAUUAAAAGCAAAGCGGAAAAUAUCUUACCGAAAUGGUUACGAUUCAUUAAAGGUGUGGUCGAUUCUGAAGAUAUACCAUUGAAUUUAAGUCGCGAACUACUGCAAAAUAGUGCAUUAAUUGGGAAACUACGAAAUGUAUUGACCGCACGUAUAUUAAAGUUUUUACAUGAGCGAUCUACAAAGCAGUUAGAAGACUAUAAUGAAUUUUAUAAAUCUUAUGGCUUGUUUUUAAAAGAGGGGAUUGUCACCAGUAAUGAUCAAUCUGAAAAGGAAGACAUAGGUAAACUUUUGCGAUUUGAAUCUUCUGCUGCUGCUUCAGGAGAAUUAGUUAGUCUGUCGCAAUAUUGCAGUCGUUUAGUGAAAGAUCAAAAGGAUAUAUAUUACCUGUCAGCACCUAGUCGAGCUUUAGCCGAACAGUCACCAUAUUACGAAUCUUUAAAAAAACGAAAUAUCGAAGUACUAUUUUGUUAUGAACCAUACGAUGAAUUAGUAUUGAUGCAUCUGAGACAGUUUAAAUCCAACUUUUUGACUUCUGUGGAGAAAGAGAUGCGAGAUGAUACGGAAGCAAAUAAACCAGAAAAUUUAAGUAUUAUAAAUAAGGAUGAACUGGAUAAUCUUGUUAAUUACAUGAAGAAAGUUCUAAAUAAACAGGCAUACGACGUUAAGAUGACGAACCGUUUGGAAUCACAUCCUUGCGUUAUAACUGUACAAGAUAUGGCAAGCGCAAGGCAUUUUAUUCGUACACAGAGCCAUCAAAUAAACGAAGAAAUGCGGUAUUCGAUUCUCCAACCACGUUUUGAGAUAAAUCCAAAUCAUCCUCUCAUCAAAAAGUUAUGUAAACUGACUUCUACAGAUACCGAAUUAGCUGAUCGUCUGAUACGACAGUUGUUUACUGGUGCUAUGGUUGGGGCUGGUCUAAUUGAGGAUCCACGUAUAUUAUUAACUCCAAUGAAUGAAUUACUUACUUUAGCAUUGCAAAAAUAUUAAUAAUUGAAUUUUCUAUUAAAGGGAAGGGAUCCAUAUCGAUACCUCGAAAAUAUAGACGGUCAAAAUUGUUCUAUGAAUUGGAAGUAUAAAAUAAUUUUUUCCUUUUACACACACACACACACACAUAUAUAUAUAUAUAUAUAUAUAUAUAUAUAUAUAUAUCUUUCUACAUAAAACGUUUCUUUUUUCCAUAUCAUAGAACAACAUCAAAAGUCCCAAGAUAUCGUAAUAAAGUACCAAUAAAUUAUUCAUUUUAUUAUUCAAUAAUAAGAUCGUUAGUUGUAAAAUAGACAGAUAUAACUUAUUAUAGGCAAGAUUGGUUUCUUUAUUACAAUAGGUUGAUCUUGUACAAAUUAAUUAUAGCCUUACAAUAAUAACCAGUCAAGUUCCUCAUCUU